AAAUCAUACUAUAAAAACCAACCCCCUCAUUCUCAAGCUAUCACACCAUGCUUGACCUAAAACAAUUUGCUUUCCCAAUGCUGGCAUUUUUUGUUAUGUGCCCAUUGGCAAUUGCGGUGAGUGAAGAUUUGCUGUUUAUCAAUUACCAUAUCCACGUAACCAACGAUUUGCCUUCGGAUUUGCCACCCGGUGUUCCUUCAUUACAUCUUCAUUGCAAGUCUAAGGACGAGGAUCUUGGUGAGAAGGUCAUGUUUAAGCAUGAGGAUUACACAUGGGAUGCAAAAAUAAACCUUUUCAGGACAACCCUUUUCUUUUGUUCUGCAUGGUGGGAAGGGAAGCAACAAUAUUUCGAGGCUUUCAAGGCCACCAGAGAUGAACAUAGGUGUAGAAUUUAUCAUAACUCUUGCCUGUGGUCAGUGAGGGAGGAUGGGAUUUAUUUCAGCAAAGAUAGUUUGACCUGGUAUAAUGAGUAUCCGUGGUAGAUCUAAAUCCUUUUCAUGUAAUAAUUGAAUCCCACAAUUUCAAUGGAUGGUCUUUGGUGUUUUUAAAUCCAGAUGGAAUGAUAGAUUAA